AUGGCGGCGGCGGCGGGCGCGCGGGACACUCUACCUGAGCCCUGGUCCUACGGCGUGUGCCGCGACGGCCGCGUCUUCUUCAUCAAUGACCGGCUCCGCUGCACCACCUGGCUGCACCCGCGCACCGGGGAGCCCGUCAACUCGGGCCACAUGAUCCGCUCAGACCUGCCCCGCGGCUGGGAGGAGGGCUUCACGGAGGAGGGCGCCAGCUACUUCAUCGAUCAUAACCAGCAGACCACAGCAUUCAGGCAUCCUGUGACUGGGCAGUUUUCUCCAGAAAACAGUGACUUUAUUCUUCAAGAAGAGCCAAAUUCACAUAUGUCGAAGCAAGAGAGAAACCAAAGACCUUCCAGCAUGGUCAGUGAGACGUCCACAGCUGGGACCAGUUCCACCGUGGAGGCCAAGCCUGGCCCCAAGAUCAAGUCCAGCAAUAAAGUCCACAGCUUUGGGAAGAGGGACCAGGCCAUUCGGAGGAAUCCUAAUGUUCCAGUGGUGGUGAGGGGCUGGCUGCACAAGCAGGACAGUUCUGGGAUGAGGCUAUGGAAAAGGAGGUGGUUUGUACUGGCUGAUUACUGCUUGUUUUACUAUAAAGACAGCCGAGAAGAAGCAGUCCUUGGGAGCAUCCCUCUGCCCAGCUACGUGACCUCGCCAGUGGCCCCUGAGGAUCGCAUAAGUCGCAAGUAUUCAUUUAAGGCUGUGCACACGGGGAUGCGAGCACUCAUCUAUAAUAGCUCCACAGGGGGCUCUCAGGCCGAGCAGUCGGGCAUGAGGACCUACUACUUCAGUGCCGACACCCUGGAGGACAUGAACGCUUGGGUCCGGGCCAUGAACCAGGCUGCACAGGUGCUGUCCCGAUCAUCACUGAAGAGGGACAUGGAAAAAGCGGAGCGGCAGGCAGUUCCCCAGGCCAACCACACAGAGUCGUGUCGCGAGUGUGGCCGUGUGGCACCUGGACACACGAGGGGUUGUUCUCACCAUGGCCUUGAGGACUCCUUCAGGUACGAGAGGCGGGAACAAGAGGAAGAACGGUACCGUCCCCAGAGAGACCCACUGGAGGCCAAGCGGGACAGGAGCAAGACCAGGUCUCUCUACUCACCCACCGAUGAGGAUGCCUUGUUCAUGGAUUUAUCUGGUGGGCUGAGAGGCCAGCAGGCACAGCCCCAGCGGGCAGAGAAGAAUGGCAUGCUGCCCACCACAUAUGGCCCAGGAGAGCAGAAUGGGACUGGCGGGUACCAGCAGGCCUUUCCUCCCAGGACCAACCAUGACAAGCAGAGCCAGAGGAAGAGCAGUCUGGCCCAAGUGGAGCACUGGGCGAAGACCCAGAAGGGGGAUGGCAGAAGCCUGCCUCUGGACCAGACCCUUCCUCGCCAGGGCCCUAGCCAGUCGCUGUCCUUCCCAGACAACUACCAGACUCUUCCUAAGAGCACCCGACACCCCUCGGGGAGCUCUUCCCCUCCACCCCGCAACCUGCCGAGUGACUAUAAGUACGCGCAGGACCGAGCCAGCCACCUGAAGAUGUCGAGUGAGGAGCGCCGGGCCCACCGGGAUGGCACCGUGUGGCAGCUGUACGAGUGGCAGCAGCGCCAGCAGUUCCGGCACGGCAGCCCCACGGCACCCAUCUGUGCUGGCUCCCCAGAGUUCACGGACCAGGGCCGGAGCAAGAGCAUGCUAGAGGUACCCCGCUCCAUCUCUGUGCCUCCAUCUCCCUCGGACAUCCCUCCCCCAGGCCCCCCAAGGGUCCUUCCACCCCGGCGACCACACACACCAGCAGAGAGGGUCACCGUGAAGCCGCCGGACCAGAGGAGGAGCGUCGACAUCUCGCUGGGGGGCUCUCCCAGGAAAACACGGGGUCCUGCCACCAAGAACUUCUCUCACGUGGACCGGCGCACCAUGCCCUCCAUGGGUUACAUGACCCAUACCGUCAGUGCUCCCAGUUUACACGGAAAAUCGGCUGACGAUACCUACCUCCAGCUGAAGAAAGAUCUGGAGUACCUAGACCUAAAGAUGACAGGCCGGGACCUUCUCAAGGACCGAAGUCUAAAGCCAGUGAAAAUCGCCGAAAGUGACAUUGACGUCAAACUGAGCAUCCUUUGUGAACAAGACAGGAUCCUCCAGGAUUUGGAAGACAAGAUACGAGCCCUCAAGGAAAACAAAGACCAGCUAGAGUCUGUGCUGGAAGUGUUGCACAGACAGAUGGAGCAGUACCGGGACCAGCCCCAGCACCUGGAGAAGAUUGCCUACCAGCAGAGGUUGCUGCAGGAGGACCUCGUCCACAUCCGGGCCGAGCUCUCCAGAGAGUCCACUGAGAUGGAAAAUGCUUGGAACGAAUACCUGAAGUUGGAGAGUGAUGUGGAGCAGCUGAAGCAGACCCUGCAGGAGCAACACCGAAGAGCCUUCUUUUUCCAGGAGAAAUCACAGAUACAGAAGGAUUUGUGGAGGAUUGAAGAUGUCACCGCGGGCCUGAGUGCAAAUAAAGAGAAUUUCAGAAUUCUGGUGGAUUCCGUCAAAAAUCCAGAGAGAAAAACGGUGCCUUUGUUUCCUCACCCGCCUGUGCCUUCACUCUCGACUUCUGAGAGCAAGCCGCCCCCACAGCCCAGCCCUCCCACCAGUCCCGUGCGGACCCCUCUGGAGGUUCGACUCUUCCCCCAGCUGCAGACCUACGUGCCGUACCGACCUCACCCGCCCCAGCUGAGAAAAGUCACAUCGCCCCUGCAGUCACCCACCAAGACGAAGCCCCCAGUUGAAGAUGAGGCCCCUCCCAGACCCCCACUCCCUGAGCUCUACAGCCCGGAGGACCAGCCCCCUGCUGUGCCACCUCUGCCCAGGGAGGCCACCGUCAUCCGGCACACGUCAGUGAGGGGCCUCAAGCGGCAGUCGGACGAGAGGAAGAGAGACCGGGAGCAGGGGCAGUGUGUGAACGGGGACUCCAGGGCGGAGCUCCGGUCAUAUGUGAGUGAGCCUGAGCUGGCGUCCUUCAGUGGGGACCAGGCCCAGCCCUCCCUGGGGCUCGUGGGCCCUGACAGCAGGUACCAGACGCUGCCAGGCAGAGGGCUCUCGGGGUCCACGUCACGGCUCCAGCAGUCUUCCACCAUUGCGCCCUAUGUCACCCUCCGGAGGGGUCUAAAUGCCGAAAGCAGCAAGGUGACCUUCCCUAGACCCAAGAGUGCCUUGGAGCGCCUGUACUCAGGGGACCACCAGAGAGGCAAGAUGAGCGCAGAGGAGCAGCUGGAACGCAUGAAGCGACACCAGAAGGCCCUGGUCCGGGAGCGCAAGAAGACGCUGAGCCAAGGGGAGAGGACGGGCCUCUCCUCAUCCCGCUACCUCAGCCAGCCGCUCCCUGGAGAUCUCGGCUCAUGGAAGCGUGAGCAGGACUUUGACCUGCAGUUGCUGGAACGGGCCAUGCAAGGGGAAAGAAAGGACAAGGAAGAGAAUGGCUGGUUGAAAGUGCAGGCCAUGCCUGUCACUGAGGUGGACCUGGAACCGCAGGACUAUGACUUGGACAUCAGCAGAGAGCUGUCCAAGCCAGAGAAGGUCUCAAUUCCCGAGCGUUACGUGGAGCUGGACCCCGAAGAGCCACCCAGCCUUGAGGAGCUGCAGGCGCGGUAUCGAAAAGCUGAGAAGAUUCGCAAUAUCCUCACCCGGUCCAGUAUGUGCAACCUGCAGUCGACAGCAGGCCAGGACCGGAACAGCGUGGCCGACCUGGACUCACAGCUGCAGGAGCAGGAGCGCAUCAUCAACAUCUCCUAUGCCCUGGCCUCCGAGGCCUCGCAGCGCAGUAAGCAGGUGGCAGCCCAGGCAGUGACUGACCCGUGACCCAACAAGCAGAAGGACAAGCCUGGCACCAGGGGCCCAGUGGAACCAGCUUCCUCCGAGAAGACUGAGCUUUCUUCCCCAGAAGGAAAGCCCUUCCAGCUCAGCAGGGGUUCCUCCUGAAGGAUGGAGCAGCCCUCCAGGAGCAGCCCCUCCCCCCCACAACUGAGGGAUGGUCACCCUAGGGCUACAUCCUCACAGCCCUCCCCCACACUUGUUUUAGUUCAGCCUCCUUUUUACAUUUGACAAAGGCACUUUUGAUACUGUAAAUUACUGACAUUGUAUUUUAGAAUCAGAAUAUAUUUUAUAAUGUUCACCUCAAGGGCUGAGUGACUGCAAAGGUGAGGAUUGGGAUUUGGAAGCUGCGCAUAUAGAUUCAGUUACCACUGUGUGGAAGGUGUGGGUGGGGGGAGAAGGGCAGUCCAUUGUGUGAUGAACUCAGGUGAAGGUUGGAUUUGAGAAUGUGCUUCCAAUAGAUUCCAGCAUUAGGCUCGUCGUGCUUGCGGAGGAGAGGGGGUGCUUGGCUUCAGAAAUCAGCCCCUUGAGCUGGCCUGAUGAGCACCUCUGGGGUGUGAAACUCCACUGAGCUGGCACGCAGAGCCAAGCCUGUGCCUUGACCCUUGGGUUUGGUGUAGGGACAACAGUAUGUUCCAGAACUUUGGCUGCUCCCCGAACCACCCAUGAGAUUCUCUCAGCAAAGGACUCUUCUCAGAAAGAAAGAAGCAGUCUGCUUUGAUUUUAAAAAUACUUUGAAAUGCAGAGAAGGUGAGAGGAAGUACUUUUUAUUGUAUCAUAAGCAAUAAACCCCACACUGGGUGGCGUCUACCUAAAGUUUCUGACUGCACACCAAGCUGUGGCAACACUCCUGGGACCUUCGUCGCCUGCCCUGGUGAACCUAGGUCAGCUUCCCUGGGACUUGGGGCUGGUGGCAGAAGGUGGGCCGUGGACCCCACUGAUGGCGGCGGCCAGCAGGGGCAGGAUGGCGGGACUUUGGCCUGACUUCCACCUUGAAAUGAGCCAGGGAGGGCUGACAAGCCAGGCAUGGGAUGUUUGUGGUCCUUUGUUCAAGUCAUGAGUUCAUGAUCUCUGCAUACAGCAAAUGAUAUUUAAAAGGAAAACAAAAAACAAAAAACCUCCAUUGGGUGGAGCCACACUUUAAAUGAAAAUCUGUAACUAUAGUCAGAAAAAAAAAUAUAUUUAGAAGUUGCUGUCUAUUUUUAACUAACUCCAUAUGCUGCCAGUAUCGACUUCAUGACAUUUGCCAAAACAAGAUUUUAUUUUUGCCUUUAUAAGAUUUUGUUGGAAAAAUGAAAUGAAUAUUUUGCAAGAAAAAGUUAAUUUAAAUAAAAGUGUAAUGGUUUGCAAAAAAAAAAGUGAGAUACAGAUUAAAAUA